GAACACGCUUAUGAUCAAGUUCAGAGUAUGCUAGCUAUGAAAAAUAGCAUUUCCAAACAGAAGAUACUUGAGCGUCUCCUUGGCAAGAAUGAAGACACACUUUCUGAUGAAGAAGUGUGUCUUAAGAAAAAACUAAUCUCGGAAAUGAUAUGAUUUGGACAGGGAGUGCAGGUGACGGUUUGGAGGUCACGGGUGUUGGAGCUCACGGGUGUUGGAUGUUUGCUGGCUGUUUGUUUCACGGGUAGUUUGACUUUAGUCACGGGAAAGUGUACCAUUUUGUUUCUGGGUACACAUAAUAUGUAUCACCGAUGUAAUAUGUUCUGAACUUGUAUCACGGAUGCUCUUAUCUCAUUUUCUAAACUCUCUAUAUAAUGUCGAUGUAUGAACUCUCUUUCUAUGCACCUCUCUAAGAAUAGCUUUCUAUGCACCUCGCUUUCUAUGCACCUCUCUAUUUAUGUAUCUAAAAAGAUAAACCUCUUCUCUUCUCCUCUAUCACUCAGUCAAACGAUGAAGCCAUCUCCAUCUCCAUCUCAGUAAAGACGCGCUCCAUCUCCAUCUCAGUAAAGACGCUCUCCAUCUCCAUCUCCAUCUCAGUAAAGACGCAGCUAUACGUAUGCUGGCAAAAGUGUACGGCAGCUAUACGUAUGCUGGCAUAUGGUCAAUCGGGAGAUACAUAUGACGAAUAUCUCCGACUUGGUGACAGUACAUCACGUUUGUGUUUGGCAAAUUUCACUGAUGCAAUAAUACAAUUGUUUGGAGAAGAGUAUCUACGAAAACCUACAGCCGAGGAUCUUCAACGCUUACUCGAUGUUGGAGAGGUACGGGGGUUUCCGGGGAUGAUAGGCAGCAUCGACUGCAUGCAUUGGGAGUGGAAAAACUGCCCAACGGCUUGGAAAGGUCAGUUCACACGUGGUUCAGGAAAGCCGACAAUUGUCUUAGAAGCCGUGGCAUCACAAGAUCUUUGGAUAUGGCACGCAUUUUUCGGCUUACCAGGUACCCUCAACGAUAUCAAUGUUCUUGAUCGGUCACCUGUUUUUGAUGACAUCUUACAUGGUCGAGCACCUAAAGUUAAGUUCAAGGUCAACAACCACACUUAUCGUAUGGCCUACUAUCUUACUGACGGAAUUUAUCCAAACUGGUCAACAUUUAUCCAAUCCAUCCCACUUCCUCAAGGUCCUAAAGCCGAGAAAUUUGCAGAAAAGCAAGAAUCCGCCAGAAAAGAUGUCGAACGGGCUUUUGGAGUAUUGCAAUCGAGGUUUGCAAUUGUUAAAAACCCAGCUCUACAAUGGGACAAGGAGAAGAUAGGAAAGAUCAUGAGAACUUGUGUCAUAUUGCACAAUAUGAUAGUAGAGAACGAACGACACGGAUACGCUCAAAUUGAUACUUCUGAGUUCGAGUCAGGAGAAUCAAGCAGAAGUUCGACGGUGACUAGGAGAGAAAGUAUUCAUGUCGGUGAUAUGUUAGGCAUGCGCAGAGAAGUUCGAGAUCCAGAGAAGCAUGCUCGUUUGAAAGCUGAUUUAAUGGAAAAUAUAUGGCAAAAGUUCGGUGACGAAAAUGAAUAAAUAAGUUAUGUAUGUUAGAAAAAUUUCUCAUUUAUGUAAUGUACUUUUAAUGUAUUGAAUAAAAUGUUUUCAUAAUUUUAAUAAUAUGUUUUAAUAUUUCAUUCAUCUUUUCUGAAUAUUUUAAAUUUUUUUUUAAAAAAUUAAUAUUAUUAUUUUAUUCCUAUGAACUCCUUCUUCGGGUUCACUAAUGCAGAAAACAGCAUAUCCGAGUUCAUAAC